CUCCAGUCCACACACAGCUCACUUUCCACUCUAGCAAUAGCUGAUUUAUUAGCUUCUUUUUUAGAUAGAAAAACCAAAAGGGGUGUCAAAAACACAAUCACAAAAUGGCAUUUCUUCAGAUUCUCUUUCUAACAUCUCUCUCACUCUUCUUCACACCCUCGCAUUCCCAACUCUCUUUAGACUACUACAAGCAAAAAUGCCCAGCAUUCGAGCAAACCAUCCGAGACACCAUAACCAACAAGCAAAUCACAAGCCCCAGCACCGCCGCCGCCACGCUCCGCCUCUUCUUCCACGACUGCUUAACAAACGGCUGCGAUGCCUCCAUUCUCAUCUCCUCCACGCCCUUCAACUCCGCCGAGCGCGACGCCGAUAUCAACCUCUCUCUCCCCGGAGACGCCUUCGACGUGAUCGUACGCGCCAAGACCGCGUUGGAGCUAGCCUGUCCGAACACCGUCUCUUGCGCCGACAUCUUGGCUGUAGCCACUCGUGACCUCGUAACUAUGGUCGGCGGUCCCUACUACAACGUUCUCUUGGGUCGAAGAGAUGGGUUGGUCUCGAAAUCUAACUAUGUCGAAGGUAAACUCCCAAGACCCACGAUGCCCAUGUCUCAGAUUAUCAACAUUUUCAAAUCUAAUGGCUUUUCGAUCCAAGAAAUGGUGGCUUUGAGUGGCGCACACACAAUUGGGUUCUCUCAUUGUAAGGAAUUCAGUUCUGGGAUUUACAAUUUUAGUAAGCUUUCACAGUACGAUAGGGAAUAUAAUCCGAGAUUCGCUCAAGGGUUGCAACAAGCGUGUAAGGAUUUUACAAAGAAUCCAACUUUGUCAGUGUUCAAUGACAUUAUGACUCCAAACAAGUUCGACAACAUGUACUUUCAGAAUCUGCCAAAAGGGUUAGGAUUGUUGAGGUCAGAUCAUGGGUUGUACAAUGACCCAAAUACCAAGCAGUUUGUUGAAAUGUAUGCGGCAGAUCAGAACAAGUUCUUUCAGGCUUUUGCUAAGGUUAUGGAGAAGCUGAGUGUGUAUAAGGUCCAGACUGAGAGGCAAGGAGAGAUUAGGCACAGGUGUGAUGCGUUUAACUGAGGUGGAACAUUUUGGAAAAUUGAAACUUUCUUUUGGUGGGGGGUUUGGGUUUUUUUUUUUUUUUUUUAAUUAUUGUUGUUGUUGUUGUGACUGUGAUCUGUGGUGAAUUGAUUGAGGAUCAUAAACAGGGUGAUGAGGAUUUCGCUGAGGAUCUGGUAAUAUGUAUACAUGUUUUUGUAUCAAUGUCCUAUUGUCAUAAUUUUAAGUUUAAAUUAAAUAUACAUACUUAUUUGUUAGUA